AUGGACCCAGAGCCCCGAGCCCGCCUUUCAAUUCCCGUUAUCCCUGCGCUCUGUUACGCAGCAGAGAGGCAGAGACGUCGCCUGAUACUGUGGCUAGGUCGAAGCCCACAGAGCGUUGGACGACGUCUUCUGAACUACACCGACACUCAACAUCUCUUCGGACUUGACAGUUCAGAUAAAUCAAUGUCUUGUCUUCACGAUCCAGCGGAAUAUGUCUCUAAGGCAGAACAGACGGAGGCCAUAUAA